AUGCCCCCGAGGAAAGGGCUGCAAGUCCCUUCUUCCUCCAACCAUCCAGGCUUCCUUUAUCGCCUCCUGUUUACAGAAUACAGCCUGCAGCCAGCUGGCAAAACCACGCUGUGGUUUGCAGAGUUCCAGUGCCAGCAUGACAAAGCAGAGAAGGGGAGAUUUGGAGCAAAGACGGAACUCCCCCCUCCAUAUACAGCCAUCGCCAGUCCUGAUGCCACUGGUAUUCCAGUAAUUAACUGCCGCGUGUGCCAGUCUCUCAUCAACUUGGAUGGCAAGCUUCACCAGCAUGUGGUUAAGUGCACAGUUUGCAAUGAAGCUACGCCAAUCAAAAACCCCCCAACAGGGAAGAAAUAUGUUAGAUGCCCUUGUAAUUGUCUCCUCAUUUGUAAGGACACAUCUCGGCGAAUAGGAUGUCCGAGACCUAACUGUAGACGCAUAAUUAACCUUGGCCCAGUAAUGCUUAUUUCUGAAGAACAACCAGCUCAACCUGCAUUGCCAGUCCAACCAGAAGGUACAAGGGUCGUGUGUGGGCAUUGUGGAAACACAUUCCUGUGGAUGGAACUGAGGUUCAACACUCUGGCAAAAUGCCCACACUGCAAAAAAAUUUCUUCAGUGGGUAGUGCGCUCCCACGAAGACGCUGCUGUGCAUAUAUUACCAUUGGAAUGAUCUGUAUUUUCAUUGGAGUUGGAUUAACUGUUGGCACCCAAGACUUUGCAAGGCGAUUUCAUGCAACCUAUGUUUCUUGGGCAAUUGCUUAUCUCUUAGGUUUGAUCUGUCUUAUCCGAGCUUGUUACUGGGGAGCCAUAAGAGUGAGUUAUCCAGAACAUAGUUUUGCGUAAGCUCGCUUAUGAUUCAGCGAUGCAGGUGAGAGUAUCUAGCAGUUCUUGAUAAGCUACUCUGGACAUCUUUAAAUCAUGUAUCCUAAUGGAUCCCAUUCUGGUUUAUGUAUAAAGUUUCAAGACUUUACGAGUAUUUUAUGAACAAAUGCUCAUUGCACUACAUUAUAUGCAAAUAGUUUGUUUUGCUGCUAGGGUUUCAAGCUCCGAAUAAUAAAAACUGUGUCUUCAUCUUCUUUGACAUCUCUUAAAGGUAUUUUUGGAUUUGUCACCAAACAUUACAUAUAGCAUCACCCUUUCGUUAUUUUUGAAUCAGUUAUUCCAUUACUUGCUGAUCUGUGAGUAUUCCCACGGAGUAUUUAUAAAUGUUUCUACAAAAGCUUCACAUUUAUACUCACGUUUUAAUUAAAAAGUGUCAAAAUUGCUUGCUUUAAAAUCUAAGCAAUAUGCAUUUUGCUUGAACUGCUUACUGUAACUUUAACCUAAGAUCAUAGUGACCUUAUUCAGGAAGAACAAUUGAGUGUACCUUCAAAGACUUGACGUUCUUGUCAGAUAAAAACCAUUUCUAGAUACUGUAUGCUUGUUUUUUGUUGUUUGUAGAAAGAUACAAUAUUUUGGUAGUAACUUAAAAUACAAGAAUGAAAAUAUUUAUUUGUCCACAGUUGGAGAUGAUGUUGGAUAAAUGUUUUUUCUCAAAGAUCACAGGAGUUUUGUCUUUCAUUUUUGUCUGCUUUUUUAUUUACUAAUUAUAAAAGUUCUGGUCUAGAUUUAUGAAACUUAAUGUUAAUCAUCUGUAUGUAUUCCUUUAUAGAUGUUGCAGGAAGUAUUUCACAUAACAUGUUUUAUAAAACUAACCAUUUAAACAAAGAUAUAUUUACACUGGGUUGCCCUCCUUUUCAUUAGAUCAUAAUAAAUUUUUCCUCUUUGGGCUAAUUAUGGACUA